AUGAGGGGCAUAGAUAAGGAUAUAAUGCUGCAACUGUUUAGAGGCCUGGAUUUCCUCCAUGCAAACCGUGUGGUGCAUCGAGAUUUGAAGCCACAAAACAUCCUGGUUUCAAACAGUGGCCAGGUGAAGUUAGCAGACUUUGGUCUGGCUCGAGUAUACAGUUUCAACAUGGCACUGACUCCUGUGGUUGUUACUCUGUGGUACAGAGCACCCGAAGUGCUUUUGUAUUCCCGAUACACAGCAGCUGUUGACAUUUGGAGUGUUGGCUGCAUAUUUGCUGAAAUGCUUCAACUCAGACCCUUUCUUUGUGGGAUUUCAGAUAUUAAUCAACUGCAAAAAAUAUUUGAUAUGCUCGGUCUUCCUGAUGAAGAGGAAUGGCCUACAGAUGCUCCACUGCCCUACAGCUCCUUUACUGCCAAGCCUCUAAAACCAAUUGAAGAUUUACUGCCUCAGAUUGACUCAUUGGGAAAAGACUUACUACUUAAAUGCCUUCAUUUCAAUCCGGAUCAAAGAGCAUCCACCUACGAGGCACUUGCCCAUCCUUAUUUUAGUGAACCGCCCGAACAUUUUGAGGUCAGCAGUCACGAAUGAGUAGGAGAACACUUUGUGUUGAACAAAAUGUAGACUCAUUUCUAAUUAAUAUCCACACUGAGUACAGAAUUAAAAUGGAGAAGCAGCGUGAA